UAACGUAUGAACGGAGUUGUUAACCCACCUGUGUGGCCGGCCUUUUUUUUUUUAAUUUAAAACCAGAGUUCGACCGCAAAAGGGAUCGUCUUCGAGUGGCAACACGGCAGAAUUUCAGGUGAACUUGUCAGAAUCCUGUCUGAAAAUGGAAUUGAAUGAUAUAAAGUCUUCAGCUGCACUCAUAUAUGACGGCUUCAUCCAAAAUGCAGACUCUCGGACAGGCAACUGGCUGCUGAUGUCGUCCCCUGUCCCCCAGACGGUCAUCAUCACGAUGUACAUUUACUUUGUCACGUCGCUGGGGCCCCGCAUCAUGGAGAACCGCAAAGCCUUUGACCUGAAGGGAGUUCUGGUGGUUUAUAACUUCAGCGUGGUGGUGCUGUCUCUGUACAUGUGCUAUGAGUUUGUCAUGUCUGGAUGGGGAACGGGAUACUCCUUUCACUGUGACCUGGUCGACUAUUCGGAUUCGCCACAAGCUAUGAGGAUGGCGUCAACGUGCUGGCUUUACUAUUUCUCAAAGUUCAUAGAGAUGUUGGACACAAUUUUCUUUGUGUUAAGGAAGAAAAACAACCAGGUGACAUUUCUUCAUGUGUACCAUCACUCCAUCAUGCCUUUCACCUGGUGGUUUGGUGUGCGCUUUGCUCCAGGUACAACAAUCUGCCUCCUUGUACUGUUUGUUUGCGUUGAUGCAGCUUUUAACGAUCCUUUUAUUUGGUCAGGUGGUCUGGGGACAUUCCAUGCCCUGCUCAACUCUGUCGUCCAUGUAGUCAUGUACUGCUACUAUGGCCUGACCGCCAUGGGCCCAAAGUACCAGAAGUACCUGUGGUGGAAGAAGUACCUCACCACCAUUCAGCUGAUCCAGUUUGUGAUGGUGACCACCCACAUCUCCCAGUAUUUCUUUAUGCGGGACUGCCCCUACCAGUUCCCCAUCUUCAUCUACAUCAUCGGCCUGUACGGCCUCAUCUUCCUCUUCCUCUUCCUCAACUUCUGGUACCACGCCUACACCAAAGGCAAGAGGCUGCCCAAGGUCCUGCAGGCUCAGACGUGGGCCCACCACUCAAACGGCGUCAUGAACGGGAAUGCCAACCACGAGAAAGAUGAGUGAUGAGGGUCUUCAAUUUGUACUUGUACAAGUUCGGUUUGGACUGCGUUUGGGUUGCUACUUGCAAAAAAAGACAAUCUUUAAAUUAUGACCAAAGUUAUAUUUAAGCCGUGUUUUUUUUUUGUUGUUAUAUUUUUAAAUGUGUUGAUGCUAAAUGUUUUUCUUCCUGAAAAUUUCCAAAAAUGCUCCUUUCAUUCAUGCUUAGUCCCUGCAUGACAGACUACAUGACCCUGAGCUGUGUAGCCUCCAAACUCAACCAUUUUAGUAAUUACUGGGAUUUUUUUUUUUUUUAUUGUAGUGGUGCACUAAAAAAAAAAAAAUCAGGGUUCAUUUCACAAUUCCUGAUCUCAGCUGCUUGGAGUUUUAUUUCCUUUCUUGGAAAGGCCGUUAAAUGGUCACACGCAUGCAGAACAGGGUGCCUUUUUUUUUUUUUUUUUCUUGUCAUUUCACACCUCCUAUGGUUGGAGGCAGAUGCUGAUGGUUCAGGUUUCAGUCAAAUGUUUGAAAGAAGCGACCAAUGAAGCCUGUGGAGGGAGCCAAGGGGCGCUCAUCUUGACCACAGUGGUUCUUUUAGGAUCCAAAACUGUCAUAGGAGCGUACACAUCCUUAAUGUGCUGGAAGCCCCUGCAGUGUCUUUUGGACGGAGGACUGGAGCAUCUAUUAUGGUCUUAAAAUGAAGCUAUAAAAGUGAAUGCAACACUGCUUUUUUUGCUGAUGGAGGACGUUGGAUUGUGUUCUGCGAUGGAUUGUAGGCAAUAACGCAAGAGAAGAGGCUGAUUAAUCAAAUGAUGCAUUUUCUGUUCAGUUAUGCCAUGUAUUUUUUUCUCUUCCCCCCCCCCCAAGUCUGUGUUGAAUUGUGUAACUAAAAGUUGUUUAUCUUUUAUAUGUAUUUAUGUAUAAUAAAUGAUGCCAUGUA